AUGCCUUCGGUAGAUUUGUCUCGCGAUACCAUCGACAUGAGCGCCGUUAAUGCGACAUACGAAAUCAACGAAGGCACAGCUCCAUCACGACUGCUGGAGGUCUCCGGCGCCGUUUUGCAUCAGGCGUUGGACCUUUUGGAGAGCAAUCUAGUGUCCGAUGAACAGCUCACUGCACAAUCGCGGUUUAUUCCUGGAUCGACGAUAGGGAAACAUCUUAGGCAUGCAAGAGACCACUUCGCUCUGCUGUUGGACUCCGUUUCAUCUGCGCCACCCCUCAUCCUCAACUACGACAUCAGACUGCGUAAUACACCUAUGGAGAGCAGUCGCCAAGCUGCGAAAGAGGCUCUGGGGAAAGUCGUUGCUCGAUUGGAGAAGGUUGUUCCUCAGACUAAGCUGGAGUUACCGAUAACUCUUCAUGCGGUGACUCCGUAUCCUCAAGUUCUGGAAACAACUUUCGGGAGAGAGCUCUGGUUUGCUGGACUACACGCAAUACACCAUUGGUCUAUGGUACGAGUAAUUGCUGGAGAACUCGGUAUUAAGCUGGAGGAUUCCUUCGGAUUUGCUCCCUCGACGUUGGUGUAUGCUGCACAAAACUCCAAGGCACUGUUGUAG